GGUGGACGAUCUGGAGUCGGACCCGGAUCGCCAGUAUUUCCCUGCUUGUAGGCGAUGUGCACGACCUACAUAGAUAAACGGGUUGUUACUGGACGCAGAAUAUAGUCAGUAACUCGCAAAAUUACUUUCGUAGGAGAUUCGUAUAAUAUAGUUAUAGUUGAAGUGAAGCACACACUUGUUCAGAAUGUUGCUGGAUCCUCCAGGAUCAAAUUGCCAAAACCAUGGAAAUUUUCCUAGAUACGCUCAAGGUAAAAGUGCGCAGAUCCCGCUGUGUGCAGGCUGCAAUCAGCACAUAGUGGACCGGUUCAUCCUCAAGGUGCUGGACCGACACUGGCACAGCAAGUGCCUCAAAUGCAUCGACUGCCAGACUCAGCUGGCUGACAAGUGCUUCAGCCGGGGAGACAGUGUGUACUGCAAGGAGGACUUCUUCAAGAGAUUCGGAACUAAAUGCGCCGCGUGCCAGCAAGGUAUUCCGCCGUCGCAGGUGGUGAGAAGAGCGCAGGACUUCGUGUACCACCUGCACUGCUUCGCCUGCAUCGUGUGCAAGAGGCAGCUGGCCACUGGGGACGAGUUCUACCUCAUGGAGGACAGCAGGCUCGUGUGCAAGGCCGACUACGACACCGCGAAGCAGAGAGAGUCGGAUUCAACGGCAAAGAGACCCCGAACAACCAUCACCGCGAAACAGCUGGAGACCCUCAAAACGGCGUACAACAACUCACCGAAACCGGCCAGACACGUGAGAGAACAGCUGUCCUCGGAGACCGGCCUGGACAUGAGGGUCGUACAGGUGUGGUUCCAGAACAGACGUGCCAAGGAGAAGAGACUGAAGAAGGAUGCAGGUCGCCAGAGGUGGGGCCAGUACUUCCGCACCAUGAAGCGCUCUCGGGGAAACUCCAGGUCCGAUAAGGACAGCAUCCAGGAGGAGGGGCUGGACAGUGAUGCCGAGGUCUCCUUUACAGAUGAGCCAUCCAUGCCAGAGGUCAGCCACCCCAACGGAAUAUAUAGUGGAAUAAGUGAGACGUCUCCUGCCGUCGGUCGACAGGGAGGAAGCCAUGGCCCUUUCCCCCUGGAGCACGGGGUAAUCCAGACGCAGGAUCAGUACCGCGAUGUCCGCGCCAGCAGCCCCUACGGUCUGCCCCAGUCCCCGGGUUCCAUGCAGGCUUUGCCAGGACACCAGCCGCUUAUCUCCAGUAUAGCGUACCCUGAAUCAGGGGCCUCCAUUGUAACCCAAGGAGGGGCGCCCCCGCUACCCCCUGGCAUCCGAGUCAUUGGCGGUGGAAAUGGCCCCAGUUCAGACCUGUCCACUGGCAGCAGUGGAGGCUAUCCAGACUUCCCUGCUAGUCCAGCCUCUUGGCUUGAUGAAGUGGAACACAAUCAGUUCUGA